AUGAUGGGAGUUAUCGGGUUGGUAAUCGAGGUGCUGAGAACGGCUGAACCUCACCGUGCUGUUAAAACCAAAAGGCUUCGAUUUUAUGUAGCUCUGUUGAGCGUCUCAGACAAGACCGGACUCAUUGCCUUGGGCCGAGAACUCGCCGGUCUCAACUUCACCCUGGUCGCAUCCGGCGGCACUGCCAAGGCGCUCCGUGCCGCCAAUUUAUCCGCCGUAGACGUUUCCGAGCUCACGGGCGCCCAAGAAAUGCUGGGCGGGCGCGUGAAAACGCUGCACCCUGCGAUCCACGCCGGGAUCCUGGCCCGUGACACCGACGACGACCGCCGCGACAUGGCGUCCUCGGGCUACAAAUACAUCGACGUCGUCGUCGUCAACUUGUAUCCCUUUGAGGAGACCGUCAGCAAGCCGAAUGUGACUCUGAGCGACGCUGUGGAGAAUGUGGAUAUCGGAGGAGUGGCGUUGUUGAGGGCAGCGGCGAAGAAUUAUGCGAGAGUGGUGGUGUUGUCGGAUCCGCAAGACUAUGACGCUGUUGUGGCGGAGAUGAAGAUGCUUAGCAGUGAGGGUUCA